ACGAACACGCUGGUGACAGCCUUGCCAACAUUAUCUAUCCCUCCACCCGUCGGAUCAGGUGGAGAGUCAAUAUACCGCACAAUCAUGACCCGACUAACUCUCCCAGAGGCAAAUCAUAGCCUGGAUGCACGUUAUGUGGAGGAGCAAACCUCUGGUGUGCGUGAAGUACUUAGGAGGCUCGGUGAGGAUGUCGGCAGGUUGCAG